AUGCCUAACCUUCAGAAGACUCCCCCGUCCAAGCGGAGCGUGUGGCAUCGAUUGGGGUUUCCAUGGCUUGGAAAGAACAACCGCCGUUCGCCCUCCCGGGGAUCUCAAAGUUUUCGUGAUCCCGCAUCUUACAAUGAGAGGAGCGAUGCUAGUAGUCAAAGCGCGGACUACAACAGUAAUAACCGUCCCCGACCAGCAUCGAGUGGAGUUGAAGUGGGCCUGCCCCGCAAUACAACCUUCAAGCGACAGAAUUCUGAACAGCGAGACCGCCUUUACCCCACAGAAACAGGCUGUCGUCGAACGCUUUCCGUGGACCGACGGCGACCCAGCAGUUUCCAUCGAACUCGAUCAUCACCACCGGUUUCUACCGCACGAUUGUCAGCGCCAGAGGUGCAGUAUCACGAUAAAAAUUUCACCAUUCCUUCAUGGGUAGAUAAUUCGCCGUUACAUGCACCGAAUCACUAUGAUUCUGGUACCCAUACUGACGGCACCUUCUCAAUCGAUGGGGAGGAGGCAGAAGACAUGUUGGAGAAGGAGAUGGACAAGAAAUGGAUAUUGAAUCUGAGCAUGCACUUUCGAGAUCGUUCUGAACGAGAAAAGUUUUUCGUCACAUACGCAGAGACCCCAAAUAAAUGGCUGAGAGUUACCGUGUCCUGCGAUUAUAGAAAUGCCGAACCAGAUUCUCUGGAACGGGAUCUCAAAAAAUUGUACUACCAACGGGAUAAAAAUGCUCGGAUAUAUGAAUCGAUCCGCGACUCUCUACCUGAAAUCCAGUUCUAUGACACUGUGACUAAUCUUAGGUUAGAAACUAGGGAAGGUCGGCUUCAUGUUCACGUCACAGAGGAUAUGAAUGAGAUCAUUCCUUAUCCACCAAUAUCUACUGUUGAAUAUCUAGGAUUGGAUAUGGUCCGCGAGAGCGAUCUUUCAUUUGUUGCCCAUUUAUCUGGUUUUGCUUACCAAGUGAAGCUAAAUGGGAAGGACUAUGUAAAGAAAGAAAUUCCAGGGCCGGAUAUGGUCAAUGAGUUCCUUUAUGAGAUUAACGCGCUAUAUGCCUUAAUCGGUUCCCAGAGCGUCAUCCAACUAAAAGCUAUCGUUGUGGAUGAUGAUAUGUUGACUACCAAAGGCCUUUUAAUAAACUUCGCGGAAAAGGGCUCAUUGAUCGAGUUGAUCUACGACUAUAAAGGAACUAUUGAAUGGUCUAGGCGAGCGCACUGGGCACGACAAAUUAUCGAAGGCCUUGCCGAAAUUCACGAAGCUGGUUUUGUUCAAGGAGAUCUCACCGUGUCAAAUAUUGUUGUUGACGCUAGUGACGACGCGAAAAUAAUUGAUAUCAAUCGGAGGGGCUGUCCGGUGGGGUGGGAGGCCCCAGAAUUCACGAAGCUAUUACAAAGCAAGCAAAAGAUAUCAAUGUACAUCGGGGUGAAAUCUGACCUAUAUCAGCUGGGAAUGACGCUUUGGGCUCUUGCUAUGGAAAUAGAUGAACCCGGCAGCGAGGCUAGACCAUUCAUUAUCCCAGUCGAUAGGAAAGUUCCUGACUACUACCGAACAAUCGUUGACAUUUGCCUCAGCACCAGCCCUCAAAACAGACUCCCAGCCAAAGAAUUGCUUGGUUUAUUCCCUCAGGAUUCCAUGAUUUUAACGAAGGAGCUUGUAGCGAGCAGCGUGGAGGCGCUGACACAUCCUCCAGUGGAAAUGCCUGAUGAUUCCGAAUGCCUGGAUGAGAACCCUUCUAUAUGGAAUUGCGGAUAUCUUGAGCAACCUGCUAACGAUAUUCAAUUCACUAGUGGACCAAAAUCGGUACCGGACUCGGAAGACGUAACUUUUUACGAACCGUGUGUCGAUAUCGGACCCCAACGCCUUUCCUGUGACUUCCCAGAGGUGAAUGCACAAUUUGCAGAAUUUGAAAUCGAAGAGAACACCCUGGAUUUUCCUACCAAGGAGGUUGAUAUUGAACUAGGAAACCACUCGAGGGCUGGUCUGUGCUCAGCAAUUUAUAGCACUCUGGCGUUUGAGAGUUCUCUGGAUGAAAUUUACACCGGUGUCGGGCAGCAUCUCUCGUGCGGUAUUGAGUAUAAUCUAAUGAUGCUUGAUGACCGGUACGGGGAGCUACAGUUACCAAAGGAACUGGCAUCCUCCCAUGAUGGCAUUGAGAGCGAUGGACAAAAAGUAUAUCACACCCCUAUUGAGGCCGUUGAAAAAACAGAGCCACUAGUGCAAAAUAUGGACAUUGGUUCCCCAUACUUUUCAGGCAUAAGUCAAGAAGACUUACUUGACUCGUCUUUGCCUAUAAACCCCGCAUUCACUUCAACUGUUCCGGGUGAUAUCAAGUAUUCAAAGCCCGAAUUUGAGCCCUCAAAUUCGACAAAAAUUAAUUCCACGGAUUCCUCAAUGGAUUCUUCCAGGCAGCAGGAUACCCAAAGUGAGCGUUGUGAAAGCUUGCACUUAUCGAUAUUGCCGAUUAACCCUGCUUUAAAAGACCUCACUGAUCCCGGACAGCGGGAUGACGUGCGUUUUGAGUCAAAGGAGCUGUCAAUAAAACCCACUGGCAAAUACGUUUCUGGAUCGGGGAGGCAAGAUGAUCUGCUCUUUUCGUCAAAGCUACCAAUUAACCCGGCUUUCAAGGACUUGCAUUUUGAACUAAAACAACAGGAUGACCAUUUAUUUCGUUCCAAAGCCAUUCAGGAUGUUGGCACCUCCAUCCCUUCAAGGUCAAUUACUCCGUUUAUUCAAACAGAAUCUACUUUGCAACAUAGUUGUCGAAUAGAGGACCUUUUUCUCUCGGAAUUGCCAAUUAACCCAGCUAAUAAUAAUACCAUUUUAAAAACGUUACAUAAAACUUCCCUUUUCUCCAGGGAGUCCAAGGAUGGAUCGAAUUCACCAUUGGUAUCCCUGGAGUCGUUUUUCCUUUCUAACACAAAAGGAAUUUCAAUGCCAUUAAGUUGUGCAACUGGCCACUCUGAUGACCUUUUCCAAUCGGAAUUACCGAUUAAUCCAGCUUUUAAGGAUCCCGUCUCACCACGACUUCCAAUGAGUCCUCACCCUCAUCAUUCUGAUGCUGCUGAUUGA